CAACUAGUUUCUUCUCGUCUUCACCAAAUUCGCUUGAUACAUAUAUUACAGUUCGUAAGGGGAGAAAAGCUUAACCAGAAUAUUCGAAAAUGGCACCGGAGCCUGAGGAUGAGAUCAAGGACGAGAAAAACCCUAGACCCCUCGAUGAAGACGAUAUUGCCCUCCUCAAGACAUAUGGUUUAGGACCUUACUCGACGAGCAUAAAGAAAGCUGAGAAGGAAAUCAAGGAGAUGGCAAAGAAGAUCAAUGAUUUAUGUGGUAUCAAGGAAUCUGAUACUGGUUUAGCUGCACCCAGUCAAUGGGACCUUGUUUCGGAUAAGCAAAUGAUGCAGGAGGAACAACCUCUUCAGGUGGUUGCAAGAUGUACGAAGAUAAUUAAUCCCAACACUGAGGAUGCCAAGUAUGUUAUAAAUGUCAAGCAAAUCGCAAAGUUUGUUGUUGGAUUGGGUGAUAAAGUUUCUCCUACUGAUAUUGAAGAAGGCAUGCGUGUUGGAGUGGACAGAAAUAAAUAUCAAAUCCAGAUUCCUUUGCCUCCAAAAAUCGAUCCAAGUGUUACAAUGAUGACUGUGGAAGAAAAGCCUGAUGUUACCUAUAAUGAUGUCGGAGGAUGUAAGGAGCAGAUUGAAAAGAUGCGAGAGGUUGUUGAGCUGCCUAUGCUUCAUCCUGAGAAAUUCGUGAAGCUGGGGAUUGAUCCUCCAAAGGGGGUUCUAUGCUAUGGUCCACCUGGCACUGGCAAAACCCUACUAGCUCGAGCAGUGGCUAAUCGGACAGAUGCUUGCUUUAUUCGUGUUAUUGGCAGUGAACUCGUUCAGAAAUACGUAGGGGAAGGUGCCCGUAUGGUUCGUGAACUGUUUCAGAUGGCACGCUCUAAGAAGGCAUGCAUUGUAUUUUUCGAUGAAGUGGAUGCAAUUGGAGGAGCGAGGUUUGAUGAUGGUGUUGGUGGUGAUAACGAAGUUCAACGUACCAUGCUUGAGAUUGUGAACCAGCUCGAUGGAUUUGAUGCCCGUGGGAAUAUUAAAGUCCUCAUGGCCACCAAUAGACCAGAUACUCUUGAUCCAGCGCUUUUACGCCCUGGACGGCUGGAUCGCAAGGUGGAGUUUGGACUGCCUGACUUGGAAAGUAGGACCCAGAUUUUCAAGAUUCACACACGAACCAUGAAUUGUGAGAGGGACAUUCGGUUUGAACUUCUCGCUCGGUUAUGCCCUAAUUCUACUGGUGCCGAUAUAAGAAGCGUUUGCACGGAAGCUGGAAUGUAUGCCAUUAGAGCAAGAAGAAAGACAGUCACAGAGAAAGAUUUCCUUGAUGCUGUUAACAAAGUCAUCAAAGGCUACCAGAAAUUCAGCGCCACACCAAAAUAUAUGGUUUACAAUUAAGUUUUUGUUUGCUUGGGAUCUCGAGAUUUUCAGUAAGGUUCGAUGGCCAUACUCAAUGGAUGAGAUUUUCAGUAAGGUAUUUGACGGCCAAAAUUAACGGGGACUUUUGUACCAGAUGGUAAAGGGGCUGGUCUUUAUAGUCACAUUAAUAAGUUCUUAUUUCAGUUCAGAACAUUUUAAAGGGCCUUUGUGCUUUGCAUUUCGUUCUGUACUAUUGUCUUAUUUUGAGUAACUUGUUUGAACGAAUGGACAACAGUUUCUCUUUAUCUGGGUUUGAUUCAAGUGCUUGUUUGGGAAAAGAUGGACGAAAGUGACUUCUCAAGAGUAUUCUACUUGAACUUAUCUUAAAUACCGCUAUAACUUUGUUAAGUGUAUUAAUAUGAG